AUCCUACCCAUGUCUAAAUCUAGACCAUUGGAUCCCCAUGCAAUGACCCCAAAUCGUCCAAAGUCCCUACAUACCAUACAUGUCCGCGGUCAAACCGGACACGUCCGCGCGUCCACAGCCUCUCAUGCAGCCCCUCCCUCUCGUUAUCCACCUCCUUUUCUCCACCCAUCCAAUCCAUCCUUUCCUAAUCCAUUGCCAUCCAACCACCUCCUGUGUUCUUCCUCGGGAUCUUCUCUGACCCAAUCCCGCAGUUGUGUCCCAAUCGACAGAAGGAGCUCGAUCUGCUGCUCCUCCCCUGCUUGGUCCUGAGAGGAUCCUCUGCUCGCUCUCUUGUCUCUCCUUUGUGUUCGUUCACAGGACACCAGAUGAACACCGAGCCUCCAUGACACGAUGCUCAUGUUGCUUCGUUGUUUGGCGGCUGGAACGGAUGGAUCCAUGCUUCCCCUCGCUGGAGUGUUGCUGUCGUCGGCCACCUCCCUGAGCACCUUGUUCCAGCACGCGCCUCCGGGCAUCUCCUUCCUCUCGUCCCCGAGCACCUCACCUCCAUCUCUUUGGGUUGCCGCGCCCGAGAGCCCGUGCGCGAGGAACUCCAUCGUUCGCCUGUGUCUUCCAAUGCUCCGAUGUUGUCCAGGACGCCGCAAGGCCGCGGCCCUGACCAGCUGCGCCGCCGCGCCCCAUGGCGAGACCUCCACCAUCAGGCUUGACGUGACCUCAAGCUUGCUCGCCUACAGGUGCCUGAGGCCCCAGCUCCUCCUGCUCGAUCUGCUGCUUCGGGGCACCAAGCCAUCCCCGCGCCGCUAGGAGCUGCUCCAAGCCAGAGCCUCUCCCGUCUCCAUCUCCUUCCUGCUCUCCUUCCUCCUCUAGUCACUGCUCUCUGUUUUGUUUCUCCUUGUCAAGGGAUCCUGCCGCCCAUGGUGCUCCAGCCAUGGCCCCGAGGCUCGUUCAUGAGCAGACCUGACGCGACGAACGGCCAUCGCUUGGAUGCGGAGCUGCCAAGGACCAGAGCCGUUGUUUCUGCCAUCCCCAAGUCCCAUGCCCUAUCGUGGUUGUCUUCGUGGACGAAUAGAGAUCCUCCUCCACACCUCAUAUCUGAGCUCCCCACCUCCAGGAAUGGGUCCGCUACCUCCGGAUAUGGCGGAUCCCUCGCUUCCCGGCCGCGCCUCCCGACGGCAUCGCCUCCGCCUUCGAGUUCGUUACCGGUGAGGAGCACAUCACCAUGGCGAAAGCCUUUUAUUUUGCCCAGAUCCGUUCUAGAAUAUGCAUAAUAUCUAGUGGUGCCGCUAUGUUCAUUCACAAAUUGCAUGUUAGCUGAACUGUUUACCGGUGCGUGUUAUAAACCGAGGGGUUUGGUGUUCGAA